CACAGUAGAGGUAGCUUCUCAGCCUCCACAUUAAACAACUUUAUUAAAUCGCUAAAAUAGUAGUUAUCAGUUUGUGUAGAGCAUUAAAUAUAGCAAGUUUGACCUUUGUAGACUUGAUGGGAAUCAUGUCCCUUGAUGGUUGAGAGUGUAGUUAGCGAGAUAAGGGCGCGAUAUUCAGUAUUGAUCGAGGUAGUGUGUGUUGGUGAGGCAGAGUCGGCGGCCAUGGUGGGGUUGUAAAGUGAUUAUCCACGCCCGUACACCCACACAGUAUCCACGCCGUCAUGGAGGUGGUAGGGGAGUACGAAUAUAGCACCAAGGACCUCAUAGGUCACGGUGCCUUCGCCGUUGUGUUCAAAGGGCGACAUAAACAGAAACCCUCGCUCACUGUGGCCAUUAAAAGUAUCACCAAGAAGAACAUCGCCAAGAGUCAGAAUCUUCUUAGUAAAGAGAUCAAAAUUCUUAAGGAGCUGACGGAGCUUCACCACGAGAAUGUUGUGGCUCUUCUGGACUGUAAGGAAACUGCCAACCACGUAUUUCUGGUUAUGGAGUAUUGUAACGGUGGAGAUCUGGCAGAUUACCUACAAGCCAAGGGGACGCUAAGUGAGGACACCAUACGUCUCUUCUUGCGACAGAUGGCUGAGUCGAUGAGAGCGCUCUACGGGAAGGGCAUUGUACAUCGGGACCUCAAGCCUCAGAACAUCCUGUUGGCUCACGCAGGCAAGCCCAAUCCUCCACCCCACCUUAUCACGCUCAAAAUAGCUGACUUCGGCUUUGCAAGAUUUCUCCAAGAUGGAGUAAUGGCAGCCACAUUAUGUGGAUCUCCUAUGUAUAUGGCUCCAGAGGUUAUCAUGUCUAUACAAUACGAUGCUAAGGCUGAUCUCUGGUCAUUGGGUACCAUUGUGUUCCAGUGUCUUGCUGGCAAGGCACCAUUCCAGGCACAAACUCCACAGGCUCUUAAGCAGUUCUAUGAAAAAAAUGCUAAUUUAGCCCCAAGAAUACCUCCAGGGACAUCUUCUGAGCUAGUAGAUCUCCUCAUGGGUCUUUUGAAGAGAAAUGCAAAAGAUCGAAUGGACUUUGAAACAUUUUUCAAUCAUCCAUUUACUCGGAUGGGAGAUUCUUGUGCUCAGAAGCCAGUCUUGAGUAGUGGUUCUUCUACAGUACCUAUGCCUACACCUUCACCUACAUCUGCAGCUACACCUAAGCCUGUUAAUCGUGGUGCAACAUACACACAACACACACAGCCAGCUCCAAGCCCUCCCAUCGGUAAUCUUCCACCAUCACCAGAGGAGCUCCGAAUGAGCAUUGACCAACGGAGUGGCAGUGAGCUGCCUUCAGCGUCCCCUGCUGUAGGUAUUACAAAUAUAUCAAAACCUACACCAGUGCCAAGAACUUCUAAUCCUCAAGUGCAAGAAGAAGCAGAAGACUUUGUUAUGGUGCCAGCCCAACUUCCUAAUGAGCCUGAGGCAUCCAGAGUUCCACAAGGAUGGGGUGGACGUGUAUUAGCAAAGCCAGGAGGAGGGAUGGCCUACCAGAAAAAUCCUGCACAAUAUGGUCCCCUCACACCCCAAGUCCCCACCUCACCCAGGCCCUCUCAUCUUCCAGUCCAAGGUGGUAGCAGUGGCAGCACACAUUCAAGUAGUAGUAGCGAGUCAUGUCGAUCCGGAGAACCUGUCCCUGUCCCAUCCCAACGAGCAACAUUUCAUCAGAUGACCUCCUCUGGUUCCUCAGAUCAGAUAUCAACUACUCUACAACCUGAGUCUCCUAGACAUCAGGGAAUGUCUUGCAAUCGGCCAUCACCUCCACCUCGUUCACAACCAAUUAAUAUGCGUAGAGUGUCUGAUCACAAAGCUCCUGAUGUUGCUUCUUUGUCACCUCCUGCUGUUCAGUUCACCAUUGGUGAUCCCCCCAUGGGAGGGAGGCGAAGGUCAACAUCUGGGAGUUCGUAUUCGACCACACCACCAACCACUGUUGGGGUUACAGGUAACACCCAAGUGAUCCCAGCAGGUCGCCUCACUCCCACCAACUCACCUUUACGUCAGUCUGGCCGUCGUACACCUCCCUACACACCUCCCCAGCUAUUCUCAGCCCCCCCUGUGCUGCCCCCCAUCCUGGGAUCUCCCACAAAAUUAGGGCUUGGCCAGGAUAAUGCUGCUGGUGACAUCUGUGGCAAUACCACCAACCUGCCUCAUACAGCCCCACAUCGUGCUAUUACACUUCCUGAGAUGACCUCUGUCUCACGUGACCUAUUUAUGGGUGGAACUCAGGAUAUGAGUGUGGAUAGUAGUGGACUUCAGCGAUCACGAACAGAGUCUCAUCUCUUAGAAUGGCAAGCUCGUGCUGCAAGUCCUCCUAACCCUGGGAGACAAAUUGUACAGUAUGGUCAGUCUGCACCAGCAUUCCUUUUGCAAGGCACUCCAUUUGCUCAGACAGAUGGGCAAGAUACUGUAGCUUUCUAUGCACCCCCUCUUCAUCAAGAAACAUUAAUGGAGCGUGAGCACAAUGAAACGUUAGCCAAGCUUAACUUUGUGCUUGCAUUGGUAGAUUGUAUCCUAGAAUUGGCCCGUUCCCGAGCAGCACCAAUCACAGCCUUGCGACAAAAUGCAGCCAUGAGAGAAUCAGUGUCUGGAGGUUCACCUCGAGACUCCGAUGGUUCUACAAUGGCCUCUCCCCCACCAGAGUGGCAGCGAAGAGCAGAGCAACUGGUACUGUAUGUCCGAGCCUUGCAACUGCUGUCUUCAGCACUCACUCUAGCAAAACAUGAAAAGUCAGUUAGCAGACUACAGCCCUCAAAUGCUGUCAAGAAUGUCGUUGGUGUGCUAAAUGACAGAUUUCGACAAGCAUUGAGUGUCUGCAAGGAAUUAAACAGUUCAGGAGCAGUGACAGCAGUAGAUCCAAGAACAUCCACUAUAACAGCUGACAAGCUAAUUUACAAUUAUGCUAUUGAAAUGUGCCAGAGUGCUGCAUUAGACGAGCUCUUUGGAAAACCUGAGGAAUGCUUCCGACGCUAUCAAACCGCACAGAUACUACUACAUGCUCUAGCUCAGCAAGUAGCACACGACUCUGACCGCUCUCUUCUCACACGUUACAAACAAGCUGUAGAAAGACGACUGUUUCUCCUUCAUGAGCAGGGAGUGGUUCAUGCAUAUAAUACAAAUGAAGCAUAGUGAAAUGGAAAGAAGCAUGUGUGUGUGUAUGUGUGUGUGCUGCGUGUGUGCUUCAAUAAACUAUAUAUAGUAGACACUUGAUUCUGCAAAUUAAUUGUAUCAGGGAGGGAGGAAGGUUGGGUGUUCCGAUAUUAAAAAAAAUCAUAACGAUCUAGAGAUUUCUACUUAUAUUUGGGCUAAAAGGGUUGUGAUCUUAUUAAUGCAGUGCAUUUGUGCAUACUAUGAUACCAAAUUACCUGAAUGAUGUGAAAUUUAAACUCUAGAAUAAAUUUUUUGUUUUUAAUUUAUUUUGGCUGAGCUACAUCUGUUUUCCUGUCACCAUCAAAUGGCAAAAACUCUGGCCCAAAGGAUUUUAUAUUCUAUAAUACUGUAUAUUAUUAAUCAUUUACAGUGCAGUAUUAUCAUUUGAAACACCAUAUAUGCUGUUUACAUUUAAAUAUGAACUUUACAAAACUAGGAGAAAAGGUGUCUAUUAGCGACUUGAUACAGUAGCCCCCCUGCAUCCGCUGGUGAUAUAUUUCAAGACCUGUGGAUUCCCCCGAAACCACGGAUAGCAGCAAACCUUAUAUACAAGCCAUUUUUUGUUUACAUGCAUAUCUAUGAUAAAGUUUAAUUGGUAAAUUAUGCACAAUAAAACAUUACAAACAUUAAAUAAUAAUAAAAAUAUAUUGUACAUUAUUAUACUUGUGCACACUCACUCUCUCUCGAAUGAAAGGGAUUCCGAUGUUUUAGCUUAACCCUCAAGGGACGAUGGAGCAAUGAAAAAUAUCUUGUACACACACACACACAGUUUAACUACAUUUGAAACUUACAAAUCGUUAAUUUCUGGAAUUUCUAUUUAAUAUUUUUGGGUCGCUGUAAACUGCGAAUAACUGGAACCAUGGAAACCGAACCCACGGAUAUGGGGGUCCUACUGUACAACUAAAGGUAACUUUACAAGUUAACCUAUACUUGAUUUUAACUUGGCAACAGUUAUUCUUGGCUUCCAGAAGUAGAGCCAUUGUUCGAUCAUUGUCCUCUACUGGAGUUCUAAUUAAAAAAUGGCAAGUUUUGAUGUUUUCUAGUUUAAUUGAAUGUUUUCACAUCUCUAGAGAGUACAAAAGUCAUUUUUUGCUGGGUCAGUGGACAUGCCACUCAGCUAUUCACAAACUACUAAUCUCCCACAGGCUUUCCCUUCCCUAACUGUUUUCUAGUACUCUCAGCAACUUCAGAACUGCUGGCGAAAACCUUAUUCCAAGUUAUGAUACACUAAAUUAUCAAACCACAGUUAAAUUCCUGGCCAACUUUCCACUUCUGAUGAGUUGGUAAGUAAUUUUUUGUGAUAAAUAGGGGACACACACAACUUUCAGAUACUACAUGGAGAAAUGUCUUGGCACUUUUCUGCAAGGAUGCCAUAUCUCAAAUUAUCAGUUCUUCAUGUCUUGAAAGACUUGUCUUAAUUAUCAGAGAGCAUGCAGAAUUCACCUCAAGACAUCUACAAUGCCCAGACACACUUGGUCUAACUGACCACCUCAAGCAAGUCCCACUGUUAAUGCAGACUUAAUUCUUUCACUUUUUGAUGGAAGCUAACUUAUUCACAAAUUUUUACUUAAAUUUUUGAUCCACACUAACCCCUACCCUUGCACACCCCUUCUUACAGAGCUGUAUGGCCCACAGAUUUAGUGAAUAUUUUUUAAUAUAAUAUUGACCCCCUUAUAAGCUCUCUGAUCACCCUUAAGUGUGGAUGGUAUCUUGCCACAUCAUGAUUAUAAGUUACAGAAAUAAAAUGAACUAGCCAAAUUACUAUUUAACAAACCUCUCAAUACAAACCAGUGUGAUCAUCCUUAUAAAUUGAAUAAAAUGGAAGCAUGUUCUCAAAAUAUAAUCUUUUCAUUUCUUGUUAGACUCUAUGCUCUUCCUAUUAAGGACUCAUUAACUAUAUGUUACUGCUGUUAGGCCUAGAAUAAACAUUUUCCAGUUCAAUCAUUGCUCACAUUAAAAUCAGUCAUGCCUAAGUUUUAGCAAAUUUAUCUGUAGCCUUGAGAGCUUCACUUCAUACCACUAUUCCUGUUGUAUAUUGCUGUAUGAAUCAUGUAUUUGCAGCAUUUUUAAAAUUCCUGUGUUCAGACCACCUUGCUCUUUGCUCUCUUUUAGCAGCAAACCUCAGGUUUCUUUCUUUUCUUUUUUACAUAGCAAACAGUACUUGUUAUAAUACCAAUAUUCUCUUGGUAAGAAUAACAGUCUCCAUACUCAAUCCUUUGGUCAGUUUAAUCUUUUCUUGAAUUUCUACCAGCUUCAUUUUCCUCUUGCCACUGUUAAUCCUCAUCAGUAGUGCUGUUAGACAUCUUUUUUAUACAAUAAUCAGUGCAGUUUGUUAAAAAAUGACAGUCUAUUAAACACUGAUAAAAUCUUUUAGGCAGAGAUUUGUGCCUUAUGCUAGAACACCAGAGGAAAUAUAAACAAUACGUUAGCCUCGGGAAGAAGAUAUACCUGAUCACAUUUAUUUUAGCAGGUGAAUAAUGCAUUUAUAACGAAUAACCUUUUAUUGCAACAUAAAGCCAGAUUAUAGGGAUUCUCUUGCUUAUUUGAACCAGUCCUGGGAUGAACGAGGAGUCAUAUCUGAAUUGGAAAGUGUUCAGUUUACCUGAGGAUUCGAAUAAUCAAGUGUUUAAUAUCAAUAUUAUAUACUAUAUAUAUAGUAUCCUAUAUAUUUAUGUAGAGUGCUGUAUAUACUGUAUAUACAGUUGCCCUUUUUUUUUUUUUUGUGGAUGACACUUUUCAGCUUACUUGGCAAUAUUCUUUGAAAAUAGCUUCCGUAAUAGGAAUUUCGAAAAGAUUACAAUUCUAAGAAAAAAGUAUAAAUUAAUUGCAAUAUUUGGCAUUAAAUACUUAAGAGGUAUAAAAUGUUUUGAUAUAUGUUGCAAAGUGUACUGUAUUUACACAUUAAUAUUUGUUAAUACAGAAUGGUAAAAUCCUAAAAUUGUUACAAAGUACACUAUAAAUUCCUUUUCAAUAUUAAGGAUCUGUUUUGUCAUUGCCUUCUGAUUCUGAAUAAUUUUUUAAGGAAAUGGGUUUUAUCUGCAAAAAAAAAAAAAAUCUACAAGUUCUCUUAGAUGAAGAAAUGUAGAAAUAUAUGGCCAAUGUACAUUAAAGAAUUACAUUAUUAACAAGAAUUUCAAACCAAUGCUUCCUAAUUUAUUCUCAAUGUUUGUAGGAAUUCUGUCAGUUUAAUGUAAAAAUAAUGCAUUGCAAACAUGAGCGUGUUUCCGAAUGACAAUACGUAGUUAUGAAAAGGUAUUGAUAAUGAGCCAUGUAAUUAGCAGUGUUGUGUGUGCUUUAUAUAUACAUCCACAUACACAAAUAUUAUCACUUAACCAAGCUCUGGUUGACACUACAACGUAUAUUUUCAUGAACACUCGAUACCUCUGUUUUGUAGCCUUGUUCCAUACAGUGAUUGUCACCUAGAGAUGUUCAUGGCUCAAAUAUUUGGUUCAUCAAAUUAAAUCCCAAUGCAUAAUCAUGUAUAAUUAGUAAAGCAUCAGUUUGUUCCAUCAUUACUAGCAUGUGUAUUAUGAUGCAGGAUGAGGAACACAAAAUCAUUCCUCUUAUCAGCUUUAUCCAAUACCAUGGGUAAACAUAACUGAUGUUAACUCUAACUUGUAUGAAAUAUUUACAGUAAUGGGAUUUUCAACUUAUUGCAGAGAUGCACACACUUCUGAAUGGGAGAAUGGUUUCAAAUGAAAGAUAAUGUUUAUGCCUUAUUUCCAUAAAUUAAAGAAAUUUAUGUUGCCAUAAUGAGAAUAAUGGUAACAGUUCUUGCCUUAGUUUAAAAAAAAAAAGAUUCAAUAGGUUACAAACAAUAACAUGUAAUUAUCAGUGAUAUCAUGCUCUUAUACAAUAAGUUAGUCAAAAAAUUUAGCUGAGUGUAGGAGUUAUACAGUAUACACCAAUGCUGAAGUUAUUCAGAACUGCAAAUCAAGGGUUUUAGAAUCCUUAGUUUAUUUUUUUCUGGUACUAAGUUUAGUAAUGCAUUUUUAUAUGGAGGAAAAGACAACUAGGUUAUUUUUAGACUGAAGAUGCAGAAAGGAACCUCAGUCUUUUCUCUGAGGUUAAAAUCUACAUUUAUUGUAAAAAAUAAACAUAAUAAUACAUUGCAGUUUGUUAUUGAAUGUUCAAAUAAUAUAGAAUGUGUAUUUAUUUUGAUGCUUGUCAUUCAGACUUACGAUACAGAAUACAAAAUGUGCUAGAGUGGUUGCCGAAUAAUCAGUAUUGGUGUUGAUAUACUGGGAAGUAGUAUAUGUAUCAAGUGCUUAUAAAUCUUAAUACUCCUGAUGCUGUGCUCACCUUCACUUUCCCUCAUGGCCAAGAGGAAAGCCUUUAAUGUGUAUUAUAUUUUUAUUAUGUCUGAUUGCAUUACUUUGUUAAUUAUCAUUUUAAUUUGUUUUGUAUUUAUAUUUUCUAUAUUAAUUGAUUCCUGUGCUAUAAAGGAUGUAUAUACUAUAAUAAGUAAACAGUUAUAAACUAAGGCAGUUGAUGAAUCAAGGUUUGUGAAAGCAUUUGAAGGUGGCUGGUUCAUUAUUUUCUCUUAUCUGAAGUAAUGUUACUUCCAGUUUAAUUUACUAAGCAAGUAUGGAAUGAGGUUUAAAUCGUUGCAUAGGAUGCCAAUAAAAGUUGAAAAAGUUGUCGGUAAGAAGAAUUUUCAUAAUUUGUGUAUCCACUCGUUAGUUUAACUUUCUCAUUGAGAAGGAAUGUAAAUAACUAGAUAUUAACUUGGUUAACAUAUGACUUGACAUGUAACUUGGUUAACAUAUGACGACAGUUCUGAAUUUGUUUUACUUUAUUUUUGUCUUUCAAAUCUAUAUACAAUUACUCAGGAAAAAAUAGCUUAAGAUUCAAUUGCCACGAAGUCUUUUGUUCUGCAAAUAUGUGUAUAUAUGUAUGUGUGAGUGUGUGAGUGUUUAUUUAAAAAAAUUAUAUACUACAGUAUGUAUUACUUGCAUGUGAUGAUUUAAGCUUUGUAUAUCUUUUUUUUUCCAUAGCAUGGUGAGAAAUAAUUAAAACAAUAUGUACUUAGCUAUUUUUUAUUAUAUAUAUAUUUUUUGAGCUAAUGCCCCUACUCAAGUUACAGAGUAAGUCAGUAUAAUUCUGCUGAAUAUUUAAUAAUGUAUAACCUGAUAAUUAACACCUAGGAGUUGAUUUUUCCUGUUGCCCAUAUAUUCACUAUCAACACAAUGAAAAUUAAUGUAAAUUUGUUUUUUUGUGUUGACUUCUAGUCAACACAGUGAAGAGCAUUUCAUGUUAUAAUUACCAUUGUAUAUUUUACAUUUGUGAAGUCUUUAGAAAAUUGCAGCCUUUUACAGUGGUACAGUGACAUUCUCUAAGGAUUUAUGGGGAAAAAUCACUAAAAAAUGAAAAUGAAGUGAUGCCUAUGAAGUUUUAAUCUAGUCCUGUAACACUUAGCCCAGGGCAAAAUAUACUUCACUAUUAAGGAAUAAACAUAAGUCACAGGCAAAAACACAAAUAUUAUUCUGCUUCUAGGCUGUAUACUGUAUAUAAAACAAUUGCAAGAUGUAUCUUGAGGGGCGUUCAUUUAUUUGUUAAAUGACUGAAGGAAUGAGAAAAUGUUUAAAAUUUUGGUAAAACUAUAUGAUUUUGAUAAUUACAUUUUUUUUUAAUAUACGAGGAAAUGAAUCAGUUGAAAGUAUUUGAGCAGAUGGUUUUUGUUUUGAGGAGGAUAAAAUCCCAUGUUGGUAUUAGAAUAGUAAGUUUUUGUUUUUUAACUUUCAAGUUGUCUUUCUAGUCGAUUAAUUUGUAUGUGGGCAUUUUGGGUGGGUAUGUGUUGAUCUUGGUGUCAUACAUGAAAGACACUAAUUCUGUCAGCCCAUAUCACAAUAUAGGGACACGUGUCUCAAGAUCUCGUGCUUAGUUCAUAGUUUGUAUUUUGUGCAUAGGAAAAGAGCUCACAACAGAGGCAUGUAUUUUAUAAUAUGCAUGCAAACUACCAGUAUGUGUGUGUAUAUUUAUGCUACACAUACAUUUAACACAUGUAUACACCCACACACACUCACACUCGCAUACCUACAUCUAAAUCUUCGUUAGGCAGUUAUCGCAUCCAGUCUACAUUAAACAAGUUUUUUUCUGUAAUUUUCAGACCUUACAUGAUUUCAGUCUCAUGUAUUGGAACACUGAAUGUUAAAAUUUCAUAGUUCCUGUUGAGUAUUCUGUGACUACUAAUUUUAAUUGUGCAACCACAGUUAUGGGCAAAUUGCCAUAUGAGCAAGACAUGCCUAUGCUACCAACCUAUACCAACUCAAAAUGUGGGUAGUGGCAGUGGCUGUUGCCGUGGUGCCUGCCAACCACAGCAUCUGUGAUCUGUUUGUUUUUACGUUAGUGAGAUUUUUUACAAGAUGACUCCUUGCAUUACUGUAAGAGCUGCAAGAGCAAAAUAUUGUAAAAGUUUGAAUACGAGAAAUGUAUAUUUCUUGUUAAAAUGCUGCUCUGUCUGUGUUUAUUUCUGUGCCUAUUAUUUAAUUCAGGAAUAUAAGACUCGAGAUGAGAAGUCAGUGUGAUGGCUGACUAGUUUGUAGUUAAAUGAAAGAAAGAGUGCAAGUUGUGUGGAUGACUCUGAAGGGGUAUCUGAUAAUCCCAGAUGUAGACUAGUUGUUUGUCAUCAGAGUUGGCCAGCCUUUGUAGCAAGUUUGAUGGCACAUUGCAGUAUUACAAGACACAGAAGAAAGUCUUACACAUUCUGUCACAUUUGCAGAAUAUUGGGAAAUUUGUUACUUAGCCAAGACAUUAAAUUAAUAUUUGGCUAUUGGUCUCUGUUCCUGUUAAACCAAUUGCAAAUUUUGCUGUUAAGUGUACAGAUUAUAGCAGAAAAAUUCUUAUUUUAAAAAAUUAUAAAAUAUCAAAAUACCAAAAAGAAUACCGCUAUGUUUGACUGCUGUAGCAGUAGGGCAUAAAGCAGGUCCUGUAAUACACUAGAUGCCUUUAUGUAUAUGUGAAGCAGAUAAACAGCAUUGUGUAGAGUAUCUUACCUACUAUAGGCAAGUUUUUGGUGGGUACAACCAUCUUCUAGCUCCUAGUCAUGUUAAUAUGAAUCUUAGGAGCAGAUGGCCACCAGAGGUAGGGUUAUGAAUGUACAGGUUACCCUUACCUGUAUUUGUGUACAUAUUUGAUGAGGAUGCAGGUAAACAUUAUUUACUCUUGCAACUAGUACAAUGCCCUCCAUGGGCUGUCAUUUUAUAUUCUUAUUAUAAACACAAUAGAGCAAAAAGAAAAGUCAAAUAAAAAUAAAAUCUC